AUGUCUGAGGAGAAGAGUAACGAUCCCAGAUUUUCAAGGAUCUAUAAUGAUCCCAAGUUUAAGAAGAGUAACUCUAAGCAAUUGAAGAUAAAACUGGAUGACCGUUUUGGCAAGAAAGAUUUGGAAGUUGCUAGGAGAGCUAAAGUCGACAAGUAUGGUAGGAAGAUAAAGGAAGGAUCCAGCAAAGAUAUUGAGGAUUUUGACAAGUACUUUGAGAAAGAUGAGAAAAGUGCUGAAGAAGAGAGCGCCGAUGAGGGAGAUGUGGCCAAGUCUAAGAAGAUUGUUGAUAGAGCCAGAGGUGAAGUACCUAGUGAUUAUGUUAGUUCUGAGGAUGAGUUUACCUCGUCAGAUUCUGAUACAUCAGGUGAUAGCGACUAUGAUAGUGAGAUUGAAAGCGGUGACGAGGCUCAAGAAGAGCAAACCAAGGUAGAGACCGGUGAUGCCACUAAGACACUUGCGGCGGUUAACCUAGACUGGGACCAUGUUCGUUCAGUUGAUAUGAUGGUUACAUUCUCAAGUUUCUUGCCAAAAGGCGGUAAAAUUGAAAAAAUAUGUAUCUACCCAAGUGAAUUUGGUAAAGAAAGAAUGAAAAGAGAAGAAGUUGAAGGUCCACCAAGGGAAUUAUUCCAAAAAAAUAAGAAGAAGAAGAAGAAGAACUCAAGUGAGGAUGAGGAGGAAUCUGAUGUCGAUAUCAAGGAUCUAUAUGAGGAAGGUAAUGCUGAUGACCAGGUCGACAAAAGGGCCUUACGUCAAUACCAGCUUGACCGUUUAAGAUAUUACUAUGCUGUCAUAUAUUGUAAUAAUGUCGAAUCCGCUAAGGCUAUCUACGAGAACUGUGACGGUACAGAAUACGAAUCGACGGCAAAUAUAAUCGAUCUUAGAUAUGUUCCUGACGGCAUGGAUUUUGACGAUGAGCCUAAGGAUCAAUGUGAGGAACUUCCAAAAAACUAUAAACCACACCAAUUUAGCACUGAUGCACUACAACAUUCUAAUGUUAAGUUGACAUGGGACGAAACACCUGUGGAUAGAGUUGAAGUAGCAAAGAGGGCGUUCACACAAAAGGAAAUCGAAGAUAUGGACUUCAAGGCUUACCUUGCGUCUGACAGUGAUGAAUCAGAAGAGGAAGUGAAUGAGGAAGCUAAAAACAAAUUGAAAUCCCUUGUCGGAGAAUCACUAAAGAUUGACGGAAAGGAUGGUUCAGAUGAAGACGAGGGAAUGGAUAUGGAAAUUACAUUUACGCCAGGACUAGACGAGGCCAAUGCUGAAGGUGAGGAUAAGGAUGGUGAAGAUAACGAAGAGACAACAAUCGAAAAGGUUAGACGUAAAGAAAAGGAGAGACGUAAAGCUAGAAAGCAAAAGCUGAAGGAAUUAAAGCAGAAAUCGGAGGAAGAGAAAAAGCAAAAACUUAAGUCCAAGCACGAUGAACCAUUGUCAGACAAGAAGAAGGCAGAACUUGAACUAUUGAUGAUGGAUGAAAACGAGUCUAACAGUGGUAUCAACUCCAAGGCGCAUUUCAAUAUGAAUGAAAUUCUCCGCUCUGAAAAGGAGAAGAGUAAGAAAGGUAAAUUUCAGAAAAAACAAAGAAUUGUAGAAGACGAUUUCAAACCUAACCUGGACGAUGACAGAUUCAAGGAAGUGUUUGAAGAUCAUGAUUUCGCAAUUGACCCAUCUCAACCUGAAUUCAAGGAAACUAAAGCUAUGAAAGAGAUUUUGAAAGAACGUAGGAAGCGUUCUAGAGACUCUAAGCAUGGUAAAGAAGAGCACACCGAUAAGAAUGACAUCAACAAGAUUGUCAGUAAACUGAAGAGCAAAAAACACAAGAAAUAA